ACUCCUAGAAACAUCUGAUCCUACACUAGUCAAAUUUAGAAGGAACAAAAAAUGUGGUUGAAAAUACAGCGUUAGAAUUUAGAUGCUUCAUGCUUGACCUGACUGAAACAACGUUAGGUGCUAGUUGAACCACACUACAAGUCUACAACCUCAGCAAAUAGAAACAGCAGCUUCAAACCAAGAACUAAACUCGAAGAAGAAGAAGAUUAACUUCUGAAAAUGGCAGUAAUCGGUUGCAACAGCGAGGGAUCAAUGGACGUCACAAAGUUCAGCAGACCCAUGCCAUGGAUUGGCAUCUACAUAGCAGCAGCAUCUCUCGCUUGUCUCAUAGCAAUCACCGCCGAUCUCAUCCACGGAAUCCGCCGCCGCAAGUUCUGGUUCCCUUGCAAGUACUUCUGCCUCAACGCCACCACCUUAGCCUUAAUCGCCGUCGCGGUAAAACUCUCCGUCGACCUCAACACCCCCAUGCCUCACCGCCAUGACCAGCUAGCAAAGCUCAGCAACAGCGCCAUGAUCUGCACCAUCAUGGCCAAUUCCAUGCCGUCACUCGGCGGCACCGACAACAAAGAAACCAUGAUGAACAUCGUCGCCGUUGGGAUACUCGUCAUUACCAUGAUUGUCAACAUCUGCAUACAGUUCGGUACUGGAGUUAUCUAUGAAUUCUGGGAGGAACAUGCUGUGAUCAUGUUUCUCAUGCUUGUUAUCUUGAUGACUAUGACCUCGUCUGGGUUGUGUGUUACCAAAAUGAAGCAUUUCUUGGAGCUGAAGUACAAAAUCAAUGAAACAGCGCUGAGGGAAUGCUGGAAUGAAAUCGAUGAGGAUCACGAAGCGAAACGAGUAAUUAACAAGCUCAGAGAUGAAUUGAUGAAGUUUUGGAUGAUGGCACACACUAGCAGCCCUCAAUUUGUGCUUGGGAGGUCAGUGUUGUGUACUGCAUCUGGUGGUUUUUGUCUUCUGAGUACUCUGACUUUAGCCGAGGCGGUUUUUCGAUCUUACUUGAUGCCAUGGUCUUUUAAGUUUUGCACUGGUGAGAGUGAUUAUAAAUGGUCCACUAUUUUGAUUCUCAUAGUUCAGCUUGUCGCGGUUGCGGUCGGUACUAUUGCCCCUGCGUUUAGAUGGUUUGUUGCUAUAAAUUACAGGUGCCCCAGUAUUAGAAGCAAGAGUUGUAAAAGAUGGUUGCAAGUAGAAAGCUACUGGACUGAUAGGCUUGUGCUGAUUAAAGAAAGGCCUCUCGGUGUUCGGAUACAGAAUCGGCAGUGCAGAAAAUUAGCUCAUGAUGUGAAAUUGCUCUUGUUGUGUUUCUGCAUUAGGCUUCAGAUUGGGAUUGUGAUCAUGUGUAAAGCCACGCAAUUCGUGUCGAUUUCCAUUAUGAGUGUGGUGUUGGCAUGUUGCGGUUACUGCAAGAAUUUGAGGUCUAAAUUUCGUUGUAGUGUCUCAAGCAUUUGCUCAGGAACCGAGUCGUCGAGGCCCGGUCCGAAGAUGGAUCUGAGAUGCUUUGUUUUGCAUCUUGAAGGUGAGGAAGAGCUAGUUGGGGUGAUGCUGAAGAAUAAUCGCGAUGCGACUAAUCAUUGGGUUCAACAAGGCGAAAAGAAGGAGCCCAAACUUGUGAUUGAAUUGUUAAAAAAAUGUACACUCUUGCAAGGGUUUAAGGGAGUGGGAACAUUUGACAGUGACCAAGUUCCUUCAUUGCAGGGUGUUGAAGCUCCUUAUAGUUGGUCACUUCCUCUGGUGACACUAGCAAGCAUUGUAGUUGCACUUCCCAACAUUGAUAGGGGUUCAGUGAGAAAAUUGAUUAGUACUCUAAAUCAAGGACUCCCCUAUGUGAAGUUCAUAGAAGAUAACAUUGACAAAGAAGGGAAAUUAAGCAAACUCAGGACUGCAGCAGAAAUUGUGUGGCUUGGAGUGGAUCUCUAUGAUAAGUGGCUUGAUGUGGAUCUUUGUAAGCUCUCAAUUCAAGAUCAGAGCCCCAAAGAAACACUUGAGAGACUAGUUGAAGCUGCAAAAACUAGGUGUGAGAAAUUUAAAGCCAAAUACCAUCACAUUUGCAUGAAGCUAAGUCCUUCACAAUGGCCCAUCAAAUUAUUGGCAUCUAACUCCAUGUACAGAAUAAGCAAAACCACUCUCUUGAAUCACAAAAUCAUAGAAGACAGUAACAGUGAGAGGUUGUUUGAAGAACUGACAGUGAUGAUUUCAGAUAUUUUGGGUGCAUGUCUCUGUAACCUGCCUCAUGUUAUAUCCACCAAGUGCUUGAACAGCGCAAUUGAAGAGAGGGAGGAUAGUGUCAGAUAUGCAGUUUACAUUCUUGGUAAAACCAAGAAGAUCAUAGAAAUGCUAGAAAAGAGAGCAUUUCCAAAUGUAGAUUUCUGCAGAGGGACGUAUAUUGAAGAUUGGCGUUUGAUGCAUAAGCAAUGCAGUUUUUUGCCUUUUGAUCCAUCUUCUAUGGAGGAGAGUGACUGCUUCACCCAGAAAGCUCCUCACAAAUCAAAUGACCUUUGCCUAAAUAUUGACUAAAAGCCACAGGUAAUGGUGAUUUGCAAUUUUGUACAAUAGCUGCUGAUAAAGCUUUCUGUUUUUGCUAGAUGCAUAAAAUUUACACAAGCUAAUAUCCGCAUCAAUAUGUUAGCCUGUGAGUGCAAUCAUCAUUUGUGUGAAACAGAAUGCUUAGAAAUUGUACAGUAAAUCAUUAGUUGUUGCUGGACAAUUUAAUAGUAUGCUGAACAAAUCUUCUAUUAAGUGCAUAUUUGUAUA